AUGUCUGGAGCAAAGGAUGAUUUCUACCUUCGUUACUAUACCGGACAUUCAGGUAGACAUGGACAUGAAUUCUUGGAAUUCGAAUAUUCGAACGGCCGUCUCCGUUAUGCAAACAACUCUAACUACCGUAACGACAGCUUGAUCCGUAAAGAGAUGUGGGUUGGUCCUCUCCUGGUCAAGGAGUUGAAGCGAAUUGUCGAAUCUUCUGAGAUCAUCAAGGAAGAUGAUGCCAACUGGCCUAAGAAAAACAUUGUCGGAAAACAGGAACUCGAGAUCAAGUUGGGUAACGAUCACAUUUCAUUCGAGACUGCGAAGAUUGGGUCCCUGGUUGACGUACAAGAGAGCGAAGACCCAGAAGGCCUACGCGUGUUCUAUUAUCUCGUACAAGACCUCCGAUGCCUAAUCUUUUCGCUCAUCUCUCUUCACUUCAAGAUUAAGCCUAUAUAG